UCUCAGGGAAACAGUACAGAGCAGAAGGGAGAUAAAGUGGAGAGGAAAGGCUCCAGAGAGGAUUACCAGCACCACCAUCACCGUCACCACCAUCAUCACCACCACCAGAGCCUGGACCAGGGCGACGCUGACGCAGAGGGGGAGGGGGAGGGCAACGAGGAGGAGAGGCCUCUUAGGACAGAGUCAUCCAAGAGAUCCCAGCACGUCCACCACCGGUCAUCUUCUACCAGGACUGAGCACCACAACCACCAUCACCACCACCACCAUCACAGCAGUAAAGCCAGGGGCCUCUCCCGGCAAGAGACUUUGGACUCUGAGACCCCCGAGAGCAGGGAGAGCCGAGAAAGUCGAGAGAGUCGAGAGAGCAAGGACUCGGCUUGUACUGAGCCACGCACUCAGCGUCUCCAGCAGGAAGAGGAGGACGAUGAGGAUCAAGGGGAGGGGCAUCCCCAGCAGCAACAGCGUUACGAGCCACUGCCCCACCGGGACCACAACCACCAUCACCACCACCACCAUCACCGCAGCGGGGCGGACGAGGCCGGUCACAGCACGGGACACCAGCGCUCCAAAGAGCGCGAACAGGACCACAACGAGCGGAACAAGCAGCGCUCUCACCACCACCACCGGCCGGCACGCGACCACCACCAUCACUACUACGACCGGGACAGAGAGAGGGACAGAGAAGGGGAGGUAGCUCCAAAAAAGAGGGGUGAGGCAGGGGAAUGGGCCAGAGACUCGUACAUCCACCAGUGACAGACCAGAACCCCUCCCAAGGCCCUCCUGGACUCUGUUCUGUCCUCCCAUCGUGCUGCUAUACCCUGAAAAACCACAGCAUCCUAUUUAUGUACACUUCUUUGUAAAUGCUGUUGCAUCUUUUUCAAUGGCAGGAUUUUGAUUACAUAGAUACAAAUAUAAAUAUAUGAAUAUAUGUAUGUGUGUAUCUAUGCAUAGACGUUGUUUAUGUGUGGAUAUGCAUGAAUAUUCUCAAAUAUGCAUAUUUUAAACCUGUGUUUGAUAAAGCAUGACACAAAAGCAGAAUUUUUUCUGUACUGAGCUGUGCUUUCUGUGAUUAGCAUUAUAAUUUUUAUUGUUUCUAAUAUUAUUAUUAUUAUUAUUAAGUUUUAUUGCUUGCUACCACUUGAAUAAUUUGUUCCUUCAGACUACUGCGAGGGUUGACCAGCCAUCAUACUUUGAUGUUGUAGUUGCAGAAUAGUUUGACACUUUGGGAAAUAACACUUGCCUACAUAGUUGCCAGUUUAUUAGGUACACCUAAUGAGCAUAGGGCAGCAUGGUGGCAUGGUGGUUAGCACUGUUGCUGCACAGCAAGAAGGUCCUGAGUUCAAUUCCACCAUCAGGCCGGGGUCUUUCUGUGUGGAGUUUGCAUGUUCUCCCCGUGUUUGCGUGGGUUCCCUCUGGGUACUCUGGCUUCCUCCCACAGCCCAAAGACAUGCAGUUUGUGGGGAUAGGUUAAUUGAUUAAUCCAAAUUGCCCAUAGGUGUGAAUGUGAGCGCGAAUGGUUGUCUGUCUCUGUGUGUUAGCCCUGCGACAGACUGGCGACCUGUCCAGGGUGUACCCCGCCUCUCGCCCUAUGACAGCUGGGAUAGGCUCCAGCGCCCCCUGCGACCUUGAAAAGGAUAAGCGGAAGCGAAUGGAUGGAUGGACCUAAUGAGCAUGGCAUUAAAUAGUGUUAAUUAAUGAUAGUGUUUGGUUUUUGUUGAAGCUUUUUAUUCACUGAAUGUGUUCAUUCGAUUUUUAGAGAGCAUAGUGGAAGUCUAUUGAAUUUAUUUGAUGUACCUAUUGUUUUGGUCACAGUACUGAUGAGAUACCAUCAAAGGGUUCCAUAACACUUCCCAUAAUUACAUUGAAAACUGUUGAAACUACUCCUUUUCUAAGUAGUCUGCUUGUACACCUCUGGACUGCUUUCAGAGCUGCUCCUGUUUUUAGGUCACUUGAGACCUUGCGCAUUUGUGCUGAUUUAACCACAAACCUCAAAAGAGCUUCUGUUUUAAACAGAUCAGGUUUAAGCUUUAUCAUGAUUGUAACUCAUCGUGAUAAUUAGCUUUCAGGCUACAACAGAGUCCAACCCCAGUGACAGUGCUUUAGGUCAGGACCAUGCUCGUUUUUGUCUUCAUAUUUUCAAGAUUCACAUAGUUGUCAGUUUAUCCACCAGGACCAGACUGUUUUACGAAUGUUCUGAGGCACGUUUGUGGGGGAGAGAACCUGAAUGGUGGCCUGUACCAUCUAUAAAUGUCCUACUACAAAUAGUAAGAAAUACACUUAAAAUAGCAGCAGUUCUUGAAGUGAUCAAGGGGUCCACAAGGAGACAACUUUGAUUGGUAGACUGGACAAAACAGCAGACACAAAUCCCUUUUGGGGUUGUGUCAAGAAGAAAAUCCAGUGUAAAAACUCUACCAAACCUACCCACUGUGAAUAAGGGAUCAGCCAAGCGUAGCGUCUCUAAGAAGCUUAACAGCUUUCAGUACUUUAGUAAGCAUAAAUCACAGAUUUGAGAAUAAUCAUAAAGUUGAAUCAAUGACUGUUUGAUUUCAAAAAUAACUGAAUACUCUUCAUAAAUGCAGCACAGUUAUAUCAGACUGCAUUGAUUUUUAGCAGGUGAAAAGCUUGAUACCACUCUCAUAUCUGUAGGAGUGUAGAGCCAACAGCAGGUUAGCUUAGCACAAAUAAACAGGAGGAAAGAGCUCAUGUGAACAGUUUCUCUGAAGGUAAAAACCACCUACCAGCACCUCUAAAAGCUCAACAAUUACCAUUUUGUGUUGGUGAAAUCUGUACAAACCCUACAAAUAACAGGUUGUGGCAUUACUGGGGGAGGGGGAUUUGUAUAUGAGAGUGGUAUCGCUCUAACUCUAACAGCGUAUUUCCCAAAGUGUCAAACUACUUGUUUUAAUUUUAUGUUCAUCACUUACUGCUUAGUUUCUUUUUUUGAUUCCACGGGUUUUAGAUGUUACGUUUUAACAUGUUCAUGCCUUCUUGCAGGCGCACCUUAGUCUUGCCUUACAAGACAGACAAAGAGUUCUCCAGUAACUUCCUCUCAACACAUGCAGUACUGUUCUUUGUAUGGGUCCAGAAACAUUUUAUAACAUUGGAACAGGCUUUUUCACAUUGGUUUCAAGUGAAAGGGAUUUGAUAUAACAUUCCCACCAAAUCGUAGGUCCUGAUGAUUCAUCUUGGAUUAAUCCUGACCCCUUUUAUAAUGAAUUCCAUUUAAGUCCUACUUUGAUUUCUUAGUACAAACAAUGCUAAUUUUAGGAUUGUUUUUCAGUGUAGGUGUUUCUGAAAUUCCAAAGAAACAAAAAUAAUUCCACAUGUUUACCAGAUAAAUAUUGCCUUUAAGUUUUUGCCCUCUUUUCACUCUUCUGACUAAAAUACAGGAUCUAGUUAAUGGAUUUGGGGAUAUUUUACCUGCUCUGUAUGCCUGAGUCAACAACAUCAUCAAAACCUGAAUAGACUGUAGUUGAUCUUUGAGUCUGUGCACUCUGGCCCUCUGUUUACACACCAUCUCCUCACCUUUUUUUUUUAAAUGUUUUUUUUUGCCUGAUAAUUGUAAUUAUAAAAACUCGUCCAUUUCUAUGCUACAUUGGUAGCACUACAGAUUUUAUAACAGUGUACAUGUGUACAUAUUGCAUAAAUACGAAGAAUAAAGUUGGAAACAAACGA